CUCUAGCUCCAGCUCUGCGCCCAGCUCUGCCUCGGGCUCUGUGCUCACUUGCUGUUUGAGCCUCCUGCUCCUGCCCUGGGACCGGCAGGUGGACCCCAGGACAGGGGUCUGUCUCUAGAGCCCCAGACCCUGCUCGCUCGACCCCUAGCCCCUGCAGCGCACUAGGCCGCCAGGGGGCGCCGUGUGAGCGCCCUAUCCAGGCCACCCGGCGCCCCCUCCCACGGCCCAAGCGGGAGCGGGGCGCCGGGGGCCAUGCGGGGCCAGGGCCGCAAGGAGAGUUUGUCCGAUUCCCGAGAUCUGGAUGGCUCCUACGACCAGCUUACCGGCCACCCUCCAGGGCCCACUAAAAAAGCGCUGAAGCAGCGUUUCCUCAAGCUGCUGCCCUGCUGCGGGCCCCAAGCCCUGCCCUCAGUCAGUGAAAUGGGCCGGGUCCUCCGCCUUCUCAGUGACAGUUCGCUCCCUCCAGCGUUAGCCGCCCCAGCCUCCCUCCGCCCCCACAGACCCCGCCCGCUGGAUCCAGACAGCGUGGAGGACGAAUUUGAACUCUCCACCGUGUGUCACCGGCCAGAGGGUCUGGAGCAGCUGCAAGAGCAAACCAAGUUCACACGCAAGGAGUUGCAGGUCCUGUACCGGGGCUUCAAGAAUGAAUGCCCCAGUGGAAUUGUGAAUGAGGAGAACUUCAAGCAGAUUUACUCUCAGUUCUUUCCUCAAGGAGAUUCCAGCACCUAUGCUACUUUUCUCUUCAAUGCCUUUGACACCAACCAUGAUGGCUCCGUCAGUUUUGAGGACUUUGUGGCUGGUUUGUCAGUGAUUCUUCGUGGAACCAUAGAUGACAGGCUGAAUUGGGCCUUCAACUUAUAUGACCUCAACAAGGAUGGCUGUAUCACUAAGGAGGAAAUGCUGGACAUCAUGAAGUCCAUCUACGAUAUGAUGGGCAAGUACACAUACCCUGCACUCCGGGAGGAGGCCCCAAGGGAACAUGUGGAGACCUUCUUCCAGAAGAUGGACAGAAAUAAGGAUGGUGUGGUGACGAUCGAGGAAUUCAUUGAGUCUUGCCAAAAGGACGAGAACAUCAUGAGGUCUAUGCAGCUCUUUGACAAUGUCAUCUAGCUCCCCAGAGAAGGGGAGACAAUGUGUCCUGGGGGGAACCAUGCUCUAGUCCUAGUCCAAGUGGACCUCACCUUUUCAUCCUGGAUCUGUCCUCAUCCUAGCUGUACCCCGGGGGCUGUAGGGAUCCAAGAGCCUGGAGCUUCUGUAGUACAGAUCCCUGGAGCUAAAGGGGCCAGAUAGUGAGCAAAGUGCAUUUGGAGGGUCUUCCUAUCUCCCAGCAGCUUUCACUUCCUUCCUGCCCGAGACCCAGUGCUGAGGGCGCCCCUGCUGUGGGCACUGAGUGUUUUCCUACCAUCCACCCUAACUCUAGAAACAACACUAGACAGAAUGUUCUCCUGCUAUGGUGCUUCUCCCAUCCCUGAUCUCACAAACAUCCCCUAAUACUCCCUUCUCAGAGAGGAUGCUCUGUCCUUGGCACUAGCUGAAAUUACAGACCAGUCUUUGGGAGAGAGACAAGAAUGUAGAAGAAAUCUUAGGCCCGAGUCAGUGGUUAGAUCUUAGGAGCUGGUUGGGGUAGAGAACCGAAAGUAUCAGCAGAUCAUGAUCUCUCAGGUUCCACAGAUCUGCUACCCCAGGCCAUCAGCAUAUGAGUUCCUAGUGUUUACAGAAGGCCUUAGAAACAUCCCAGAAAUUUACAAUAACCACCUUUCUCAGUGUCCUAGGAGAGCCCAGGAUCCAGAUAUCUGGCUCAUUCCUGGAAUUCCUACCUCUCUCUCCUUUUGUUUGUAUGAUGGUGGUUGGCAGGA